UUAAAUAAGUUUAAAUAAUGAAAUAAAAAGAUUAGACAAACAUUUAAGUUGUGUAUCAGUGAAAAUAUGGAAGAUUUAGAAAGUGCAGAAGAACAGAAACAGAAAAAGAUACCUUUUUCCAUUCUUGGAGAACCAGUAAUUAAAACAUAUUGUCAAAGAAAUGCUUUAAUGAGUGCUAUAUCUGGAGGCAUAAUUUGUGGAUUAGUAACAUUUUUGUUUACCAGUAAUCCAUCAAGGUCUACACGUAUAGGAAUGUACAGUUACUUAGGAAUAGGAUGUACUUAUGCAGGCUUUUGUGCAUAUGAGGAGUAUACAUUGGGAAAACAAACAAGAGAACUUAAAAAACUUCUAUAUAGAAGAUCUCGUUUAGUAAAUAACGAAGACACAGGAUAA